AUGCUUCAAACCAUCAUAGCCGCUUUCUUUCUCCUCAUACCAUUUUAUUGCAUAUACAAACCCCCUAUUCUGCUCAUUCGUUACUGUCAACGUCGCUGGCCGGAUGUACUCUUCCACGUGGAUACAACCAACAAAGUGGCUGCGUUGACGAUUGACGACGCGCCCUCUAUACACACACCUGAAAUUCUCCGUCUACUACAAUUGCACAAUGCAGCUGCGACUUUCUUCUUGAUAGGAUCCCAAAUCCCAGGACAUGAAUCUGUCCUGGCUGAUCUCGUCCGAGCGGGCAGCGAACUCGCCAACCAUGCCAUGUAUGAUGAGCCAUCGCGUGUACUCAGUGACGACGUCUUGGCAGAUCAGAUCCAAGCAGUUCAUGCCAGAAUUCAGGAAGCAUAUGUUGCAGGCGGGAAUAUAUCACAGCCUGAUAAUUGGCUCUUUCGCCCUGGCUCGGGAUUUUUCAGCUCCCGGAUGAGAACUCUUGUAAAGGAGCUGGGUUAUCGGCUGGUGCUCGGCGAUGUGUAUCCGCAUGACCCGCAGGUGUCAUUUUGGAAAAUGAACGCGAGUCAUAUUUUGAGUAUGGUCAAGCCAGGGAGUGUUAUUGUCUGCCACGAUCGGAGGGCGUGGACCGUGCCCAUGUUACAGAAGGUGUUGCCUGAGCUGAAUCGCAGAGGAUACCGCGUUGUUACAGUAUCCGAGUUAUUGAAAGAAACUGGUACAAAUCGGUGUUCAGACUGA